GGAUGAAAGCAACCUCCAAAUUUCUUUGCCUAGCCGUCGGAUGCCACCACAGGCCUGCCCUCGUUAUCAGCCUAGCAUCCCACUCUAUCUCAGAGCCCAAAUUCACCGGCAUUUUGAACUUCAGGUUCCAUUCUCUUCUUGAGGGGUUGGAGUCAUGCAGGACAAUGAAGGAGGUGGAGCAGAUUCACGCUCGGCUCGUCGUGAACCCCUUCGUUCCCGAACGAAAGUUGGCAGUUGGGAAGCUUGUAGCUCUCUACGCGCUCUCCGACUGUGCCCACCUUCGCUGCGCUCGUCUUCUGCUCGCUCAAACGGAUGAACAGAACGUUUUUAUGUACAAUGGUUUAAUCCGAGCUUACUGUUUCAGUAGGAACCCGGAGGAAUCUCUACUACUUUAUCGCCAACUGCUUCGCAGAGGUCUCCUUCCCAACGAGUUCACUAUACCGUUCGUUCUCAAGGCGUGUGUUGCUUCUGAGUCGGGGUGGUGUGUGGGAAUGGCGCUUCAUCUUCAGGUUGUGAAGCUUGGUUACGAGCCGCAUGUCGUUGUUGGGAACGCUCUGGUUCAUUUUUAUGUGGUCUUAGGAUGGUUGGAUAAUGCCCAUCAAGCGUUCGACGAAAUACCUGAAAAGAGUGUUGUGUCUUGGAAUUCAAUGAUUGCUGGGUAUUCACAAUAUUCAUUCCCUAAAGUGGUUUUUGAGUUGUUUCGGACAAUGAGGGAAGAAGGUGUUGAGCCAGAUGAGGUAACGUUCGUCAGCGUUCUCUCAGUUUGUUCCGAGGCAGGGGAAUUCAAUUGGGGUAGGGCUAUUCAUGGUUUUGUAGUGAGACUUGGGGUAGAAAUAGAUACUUUCGUGAUGAAUGCUUUGAUGGAUAUGUAUGCAAAAUGUGACAACAUCGAUGCUGCAAGGUGGGUAUUCAAGGACAUGGCCAUGAGAAAUGUGGUGUCAUGGACGACCAUGGUUGCUGCUCAUGUGCAUCAUGGGAUGCUGGAUGUUGCACGCCAGAUAUUUGAGCAAAUGCCAGAGAGAAAUAUUAUAUCCUGGAACACAAUGAUUGCAGGCUAUUGCCAAGGUCAGCUGUACACGGAGGGUUUGAAAAUUUUUGGACAGAUGUGGCUUUCGAACUCUAAACCUGAUGAGGUAACGUUAUCUAGUGUCCUUGCUAUCUGUAGCCACAUAGGGGACUUGAGGCUUGGCAGAGAAGCUCAUGUUUAUAUAUGUGCCAGCAAUAUGAAGUUUACGGUUGCACUUACAAAUUCACUUAUUGACAUGUACGCAAAAUGUGGCCGUAUUGAUAUUGCAUUGCAUCUCUUUAAUUCAAUGCGGGAGAGAAGUUUGGUAUCUUGGAAUGUGAUCAUAAGUGCCUUGGCCAUGCAUGGACAUGCCUCAGCUGCUCUAGAUAUUUUUUCAGAAAUGCAAGAACAAGGUGUGGUUCCAGACGACAUUACCUUUGUUGGUCUUCUCUCUGCCUGUAGCCACGGUGGUUUGCUUCAACAAGGUCGCUUCUUUUUCAAGAUGAUGAAAACUAUUUAUAAUCUUUUGCCUGAGAUUCAGCAUUACGCUUGCAUGGUUGAUCUUCUUGGCCGAGGGGGCUAUCUAGAGGAAGCAAAGGAGCUAAUAGACAGCAUGCCAAUGAAGCCAGAUAUUGUUGUUUGGGGUGCAUUUCUUGGAGCAUGCAGAAUUCAUGGAAAUGUCGAUAUGGGGGAGCAAGUUAUUGGACCUCUACUUGAAGUCGAGCAAGAAAAUGGAGGACUCUACGUGCUUCUAUCAAAUAUAUAUUGUGAAGCAAAUUGGUGGGAAGAUGUAAAAAAGAUCAGGAAGUUGAUGAAAGAUAAGGGAAUUAAAAAAUGUAAAGCAGUUAGCUUAAUUGAGAUAAAUGGUUUUGUACAUGAAUUCACUAUCGAGGACAAACGGCAUGAUAUAUCUGAUGACCUGUACCUCCUACUGGACCAAUUAACUGAUCACAUGAGGUCUGUAGAUUAUUUUUCGACAUCUCCCAGUUCGCUUUCCAGCUUUGAUUUACGAUAAUUCCUCUGACUAUUGCUUUAUGUCUCCUUAUCUGUUGCCUUUUAGUAACUAAAAAGUGCACUACAAGGUCCUCUCUCUGAUGGAGAUGGUCCAUUAAAACCAAACGGUAGUUUAUGCUUAAUUGGCGACAGUGUUUGAUGUUAAAACUUCCGUAGAUGGUGCUGAUAAAAUGCGGCAUGUACGUUCAUUCGACAAGCACUUGUUAGCUGUGAUUCUUUUGAAAUACACAGAGAAACGAAGGAUAGGUAUAUUCCUUUGAUACCAUCCUCUGGAUCAUCAGUCAUCAUCUCCAGAGAAGUUGCCCACUCUACUGUACUGAACGAAGGAAAUUCCUCCUGAAUGUACCUCUACAAAGGGGAGGAAAAAAGAGUGCAAGUUAGUUUAAAUUUCUCACUUGGUACAGUUACACUUUUGAGGACGGAAUCUUCAUUUGCAAGCUGAUAGCUUUCAGCAGAUGAUAACUUGGAUAUCUGCAGAUUUUUUUCGGAUUACACGUAAAUCACUUCUCCGCUUUCCCUCAUUUGAGAGGAGCUGUUGGAAGAAUAGAGAAGCAUAGUUUUUCCUCUAAUAUUCCGGAUUAUGUCUGACCAUGUUCCCUUUGCGGUGUAGAUUCCGUAUUCAGGAGUAUAUCUAAAACAUUUUUGGGCCGUAGACUACGAUGAGCAUAUGCAAGGAUUACACGUGCCUAUUAUGACAGUGAAAUUUAGACUUGCCGAUGCUGGAGUCUUUCAACUCUAUCUCGUGUCCUCAUGUUAUUCAGUAUUUUGUUUUUUGUUUUUGUUUUUUUGUGGCAGCAAACUUGUCCACAUGCCGUUAAAAGGGUGAUGCUUUCUAUUAAGAGAUUCACUCUCCUCCUCUAUUUUCAGUUUGACGAAGAUAAGAAUAUUAUGCGGUAGAAAAUCAGAAAGUUUGAUAUUGGUUUCUGCUAUGUUCUUUUCUUUUGUCUUAGUAUAUCGUAUGGGGGAUAUGCAUCUUUUCUUCUACAAGGAUAAGUUUCGAAUGCUGGUGGCUAGUGCUCCAUGCCAUUCGA